GUUUUCUUCCUGUUUUAGAAAAGAAGCAUGGCAGCGAGAAGUAGCAAUGACUUUCAGCUUGUUAUUCCUGAAAGAGGUGAAAGAGUUAAGAUUAAUUCGGGAUCUACUCUCACUGUGUCGUGCCACUUGUCUCCUGCACUCAGUGCCGUAGACAUGGAGAUUACUUGGUUUGGCGAGAUGUCUUGUAUUUGUGCCUAUAAGAACCGAGAGAUGACACAGAGUGUUGGCUAUGAGGGCAGAGCGAGUCUGUUCAUUAAUGACCUGCCGAGAGGGAAUGUGUCUUUAAGAGUGGCAGACUUCAGAGAGUCAGAUCUGGGAGUUUACAUAUGCCGAGUCAUCAGUAGAAAUGAAACCCAGCAAAUAACAGUAAAUGUAGCAGAAGAAGUCUCUGCUAUUUUCAAGGACCAGAGCUUCUUUACAGUGAAUCACAAAAUGGGAGAAAGCAACAAGUUGUCAGAGCAUCACUGUGAUUCAGACAAUCGGCUUGAGAAUUACAAGAUUGGAGAGGCAAUAUAUCAAUUAUCAAUCCACUCUGCAUAUCACAGUGCUUCAGGGAAGGAUCAGCGUAAGGAUUACAAGGGAGAAACAGACAUCAAAUUAUCAUCACAGUACAUCAAAUCAGAUCUAAGCCAUCCAGACGAGCAGCCUGGGGAUAACAGAAUGGGAAUCAAAAGCAAAGAUUUUUUGAGCCAAACUUCAUAUCACAAUGAACCAAACGAGAGCCAGCAUGGGAUGGAAGUCUUGAACAAGAACUUUCAGCUUUUUGUUCCCAGUACAACAGAAGAACCAGAGUUUUCUUUGGGGUCUGAUUUGAUUAUUCCAUGUCAUUUGUCUCCUGAAAUCAGUGCUGUUGACAUGGAGAUCAGUUGGUCUAACGAUACAGCCCGUGUUUGCCUGUAUAAGGACAGGCAGGUGACAGAAGGGGUUUUGUUCAAGGACAGAGCGAGUCUGUUCAGUCACAAGCUUAGGGAAGGAAAUGUGUCCUUACGACUGAAAAACUUCAGGCUGUCAGAUAUCGGAAAUUACCAUUGUCAGGUCAUCAGUAAAGACAGAAGAGAGAAGAUAACAGUAAGAGUGAGGAUAAAUCCUGGUGUGCAGUCUAUGAGUCAGUCACCAAUAUUUCCAGAAGGAAAUGAGGAUGAAAGGACAAGAGAACCAACUAACAAAUUAUCAAGGCACACUUCACAUCAAAGCGAAUCAGAUGAGAAACAACAUGGGAAUUACAGCAAGAGCGUAUCUGAUGAUUUUCAGCUUGUUAUUCAUCAAACAUCUCAAGAAGCACAGAUUUCUAUGGGGUCUAAAAUCAUUGUUCCUUGUCACUUGACUCCUGAAAUCUGUGCCAUUGCCAUGCAGAUCAAAUGGUUUAAGGAGACAGACUGUGUUUGCAUCUACAAGAACAGACAUGUGAUUGAGGGGAGGAACUACAAAGACAGAGCGAGUCUCGACACUCACGUACUGCAGAGAGGAACUGUGUCCUUACAUCUAAAUAACUUCAGUGUCUCAGAUGUUGGUGAUUACUAUUGUCAGGUCAUCAGUGGAGACAGAACACAGCAGAUUACAGUAGGAGUGAGGAUAAAACCUGAAGUCCAACCUGCAAGUCAGUCACCAACAUUUCAAGGCCAAUCUAUUCAGCUAUUACUGUUUGAGAUAGAUAAAAUAUGGACUGAAGAGGAGACAAUUGAAAUGGAUGAAUCUGCUUUAAUGUCAGAAAUGAAAGUGAACAAUAUGCAGCAGCUUCAUCAAAUGAUGAUCAGGGCUUACAGAGAAGGUUGUCUCAAUUGGAGUUGAAAGAGACCAGAAUGGACUUGGACAGAGUCUUAAGACUCAACCCUCAUUCUCAGUUGUUGGAGAGAGACCAAUAAAAUCCCUUUUUAAUAGCUACCUAUAACAUACAAAUGUCAGGUUGAUGCUUAAUGCCUUAUCUUAAUUUCAUGAAAUGUAUUGCAAUCAAUAUUUCAGAUUUUUUUUAAACUCCAAAAAUACAUAUACAUUAAGGCAUGACAUCAUGAAGAAGAUAAGUGUAAUUACAAUGAAUUUACACUGUACUUAAUGUAUAUUUGUAACC